AGCCACUGGGACUGAUACCUUUAUGACUUCUGGCAUCCCUCUUGCAUCUGAGGACGAUGGACUUGCAGGACCAGCCGUUGUGCCUGAUGCCACUACAGUUUCUAGGACUGAUAGUUUGCCUGAGAGCGGUGUUUCCCCGCCACAGCCGAGAGGUAUGACUGAUUUGCCUACAGGGGUUGAUAUACCCUCCAUGACUACUCCUGCAGUUAUUUCGGAACCUGUCGGAUCUCAGCCUGAGGGGACCUCCGUUGGCAUCGGAUCUCGAUCAUCUCUAUAUGAGCAUGUUCGCGCCCUCUUGGCCGAUACCGAUCCUGACAGAGACAUUUUCCUUCAGGCGUUCCUUUUCUCGUCACAUGAUGAUGUUUAUAGAAGAAGGGUAUCCGGGGUUAGCUGAUUCUUUCAUUGCCGAUUUUGCUGCUCUGGAGUCGGAGAUCCGAGAGUUGAAGGAAUUGAAGGCUAAUGGAGCUUCUUCCUUCGUGUCCUCU